AAGUUGUUAGAGGUUCUUGAGCAAACAAAAGUAUUUAAAAUGUGUAUGUUUCUUUUAAAUGUCUUGCAGUUGUGCUCAAUCAUUCUUCGUCAGAGUCGCUUGUGUCCGACAUGUCAUCCUCUGUGGCGUCUGAUUCAUCAGAUGCAACAAUCAUUCUUGAUAGAAACAAUGCGCAGAAAAGAACCCACAUUGAGCGGGAAUCAGCAAAUGAGAUGGUGAGAAACGUUCUCCAGUCUAAGCCGGGGGGAGAAAAAAUCUUGCAUGAAUAUGACAAAACAAAGACAUUGACGGAUGCUACACGGCGACAGAUGGUAAACCUCCUGGUUGCAGACAUGAUGGAAGUACAUGGGAGAAUACCACCAACCCAUGUGCGAACAAAAUAUGCUGUUGGCAUCACCACUCUAUUUCCCCACCUUAGCGAUCCAUACUCUGGAAACGGAUAUAGAGUGGGUCUGGCUACUUGGCUUGGAGGAUAAAGACCGUCCAGCGCAACACUGCAGUUCAAUCCCGGAGAUGCUCCACCAGCACUACGUAUGGUCCAAAGACCAAGAGGGAUUAUCUCCUGGCUGACAAGCAACUGUUCGGCGAGGAAUGCCGUGAGGCAAUUUCCUAAUUGAAACAUUCAACUGAUGUGUCAGUUGUCAAAGAUAAGAUGAAGGCAACAUUUCAAUACCGCCAGACGCUAGUUCAGGACCAGCAAAACUCUGCAACAGUCUUGGAUGUGUUCCUGCGGUUUCUCGACAUCCCCGGCUUGAUUGACCAAGAUUUCACCAUGAUGUUUGGAGAAGAGGUUUCCGGCAGAUUUUUGGCAAAAUGGCCAACGUACUUCAAACCCAGGCUCCUUGCAGACUGCAAGAACUGGCCUUCUUAUGAGCAUGUUGAAGAACUCUUGUCUGCGCAGCAAAACUCAAAUGAGUCUGGCUGGGACAGUGACCUGUCAAGCAUUCUACUGCUGGUUCACCUGCUUCCCCCAACUUCAAAAGGCCACAAGCAGGGUGCUAAAAUUAGCUCAUAUCAAGCUGUCAACCAUGUGGUGAGAUAUCUCAAGAUUGGAGCCAGUGUUGAGGUCUUCCUAGGGAGCUUGGAACCAGGACAGCCCUUCCUCCUCUGUGUUGGUGAACAGAAGAACAACAUUCAGAGGUUCUAUGUCAUCGUUGACCAGAAGGCCAUCCCUUGCAAGGCGCAAACAUCCCUGGCAGCUUUCGAUGAGCUUUUCAAGGCACACUUCAUCUUCAGUGUUAACUACCAUGAAUCCCUCAACAGCUUCUACACAUUCAUCCAAACCACAGUGUUUAACAUCGACGUGGGAAGUGCCAAGGAAAGUCCCAGAGUAAAGGAACUCAGAGCAAGGCUGUUGCACACUAAUACUUGA